AUGUCAACUGAUGAAAAAAAUAAACCUAGGCGUUCAAAAAGAUCAAUCGCUAAGGUCGAUUAUAGAAAUACCAAGACAUGGAACAUUAUUCUGGACGAUGAAAGUAACAACAUAGGUACAAAGAAACCCACCAAGACCACUUCAUCCCCCACUAAGUAUACUGCUGAAACGGGGAAACCUAAAACGGGGAAACCUAAAACUGAAAAAACCGAACAAGCUAUAAUACGACCUGUAACGUCAAAACCAAAUAUUACAAAAAAUAAAGAAACUGAAAAUACUGUUUUUAACGAACCUGAGGUGCAUGAGUUAAUAUCUCAAACAACAGGUGUGCCAUUGAGUGUCGGUCCCUCCGAGAAAAUUAAGCAUGAAGCUUAUUGGAACUAUGACAAACAGAAUAAUACAGAACAGAUUAUAAAAUUUACUUCCAAAUACAAAUCUAACAUUAAUGAAUCAAGUAAUAUCACUCAUGAAAGCUAUAUAAGGGAAUCGAGGAAAAGGCUAAAUUCGGAUCUUUUAACUACUCCUUUAAAACACAAGUCUCCUUCAAAAAAGAGAACGAAACAAGUUCAGCAACAUAAGAAAAAAUUAUUUGGCCAAAAUAAUGAAGAUGGAUCAGUAUUGGCAACUAAGUCAACAGAAGAAGCUACAACUACUACUGAUUCAACACAACAGAACAGGGAUUAUUGCCAAUGUUGCAAUCAAACAGGACUAUUUCUUUGUUGUGACACGUGCCCGAAUUCCUUUCAUUUUUCAUGUUAUCAUCCUAUUUUGGAUCCAGAUAAUUUGCCAGAGGGAACAUGGUCAUGCAUUGAAUGUUUAGCUAAAAAACCAGAUUAUUUAUCAAACUCCUCAAAAUUUCUACCUGUUUUACAAUCUGUCGAGAAUCCAACACAAUUAAUUGACAACAUGCUUCAAAAUAAACAAUCGGAUAAAAUACCUAAAACAGUAACUCCAGUUAAGGGAACCAGAAUGUUUGGGAAACUUUUACAGAAAAUGACCAGACUUAAUCCCCGACAAUUCCGUUUACCAUCCCACAUUAUCAAUAAUUUCGAUAAAAUCUCCAGAGAUGACGGAAAUAAUGGCGAGUUUCAUAUUGCAAACGAGUGGAAACGUUCUUUAACACUAAAGCAAAUUAAAAACGGCAAGUAUAACAGAAUGGACCAAUUAAUCUAUCCAGAUCUACAUAUACUAGAACCUAAGCCUGCACAAGAAGAUAUUACUUAUAGACCUGGUUUUUUGAAAUGUUACAAAUGCGGGAAAACAUCGAUGGGGAAUGGAGAUUCGCCAUAUUUAGAGAAAUUUAUUGUAAAAUGUGAAUAUUGCUACACUCCUUGGCAUUUGGAUUGUUUAGGAAUCACGAGCUUUAAAAACUUGGGGAAAAAAUGGAAAUGUCCUUUGCAUGCAGAAGAACCAAAAUAUAUAUGGAAAAAUAAAACACUAGUGUACCCGACUUUACCUUGUGAGGUAAAGAACGAUGGAAAUGUGAAGAUCGUAACGUUCCCAUUUGAAAAAGAGUAUAUUGAGAAUAAUGAAGUGUCUAAAGAACAAAUAGUUUUGACUGAACAAAGUGUUCAAUUAGAUUUUGUGGACAAAAUUUAUAAAACCAGAGAAGCACAACACAAUCAAUAUUUGAAAUCACAAGAAAGAAUACUCGACAAGAUUUUAUGCAAUUAUACAAUGAUAUCAGGCUUGCCUAACUUGUUGUAUUUCAGUAGCGACAGGAAUUUAAAGAAAUUAUGGGAUUUUAAAGAAUUAUGUAAUAUUGCUAAUUUAGAUAAUAAUUUGGAAAGCGAAACAUUGUCGGAUGUUGAAAUAUUGCAACUAAAGACUUUAAAAAAAAUUCUGGAGUCAAAAGACAAAAAAGAAGUGCUAAACUUUUUUGGAAUAAAAUAA